UUUGAUCGCCACCGCAUACGCAAUACUGGUGGGCUCUAUGCUUAAUGACAUCCGAAGGACAGAGAUCUUUGCUCGUAUGUCAAGACACGGAGGCGCCGCUGCUGCUUAUACACUCUGUUUCCCAGUUAGGUCCUGGUGGAACGACCCUUUCGAUGCUUUAAGCCAAGAGAAAAAUAAUGGCGUCCGCAGCUUUGCUCUAUUCUCUGCUUCCAUUGCAAACAUCCUCGUUCUUCUGGUGGUGUCUCCUCUAUCCGCCGGUCUUCUCUCCCCAGUGAGUAUCACGACCGUAAGAGACACAAUCUUCCACAAGGCACAACCAGCUGCCGACAUCUCCUGGCAGACAGAUACUUUUGAUACUGUCGGGUUCCGCACUAUCGCAAGCUCAAUCCUGAACAAGACCACCUCGGCAUGGAUAAAUCCACAGUUUGCAGUCCUGCCCUUCUGGCCUUCUCAUACGGACUCUCCCACUGGAGCCAACUUCUUCAAUGAAUUUGGUUCUCAGCAGUGGAACUCUCAUACAAUUGUCUUCAAGGCGGAGCUAGAUUGUGAGCCUCUCGAUGUAAUCAAUUUCUCUAGAGCCAAUUCGACGACCGAUGAAACUGCAUUGACAACCGUCAAAUUGGGUUCGUCUGAUGGUUGUAAUAUGACGAUCGCGGAGGACUUCGAAACAUCACACUUUUACUAUGGCGGAUGGAUGAGAGGCGAUCAUGCCUUAUGGCCUCGUGCUGGAAAUUGUGGUGACCGAUCGACCAUCCUUGUCAAGAGCCUAGUCGGGAACGACCUCGUGUCAGAAGUGUUCAAGUCAACAGGCUAUAUCUGUAAGGCCGACUUCUUCUCAGCAAAUAUCAACGUGACGGUCAGCAUCAGAGGAGAAGCGACGACUGUUGACUUUGACAACAAGGAAUUUGUAGCCCAACGAAAGCCCUUGGAUCCCAAUCAAUACGAUCUGUCUGUUUUGGAAGACAACUUUCUCCAAACCAAUUGGUCGAAAAAAUUCUUCAGCACGACGACCCUUGUAACGCCCCCAUAUACAGGACCACUAUUGGCUAUUGCGGCCGAUCCUGACUAUAACAACGAUGCUGACGCGAUAAUAAACAGUACCUCUCUAUUAGAGAAGGCAUCGCGACUACACCAACAAUACUUUGGUGAGAUGUUGCUUCCAACGCUAAACACAGCUUCGGGUCAAGUGGACAGCAGCUCAGGAGAGAUUAUGGUUCUAGAAAGACGUAUCAUCGUUGUUUCGAGCAUCGCUGUUACCCUUGUAGUACUCUUAUUCGUGUCAUGUGGUUGUACUGUCAUAGUGGCAUACACUACGCGGUCAGCACAACGUACGCUACAUCUCUACCAAGAUCCGGGAAGUAUCACCGCUGUCGCGACUUUGAUCGCCAAAGACCGCCACGCUAGGAAUGAGUUUUAUGGCACUGACAGAAUGUCAAACGAUGCCUUGAUGAUUUUGUUGGCCAAGCGUCAAUUCAAGAUAGAGCAUGGUCGUUUAUUGUCAGCAGAUGAUGCCAAAAGCCGCGGCAAAGAUGAAAACUUGUCCUCGGACAACCAAUCCAUAUACGAAACAAGUAUGAGAGACCCUCGACCAGUGAUGAUCCGUAUCUGGAUGGCGUCAAUGCUACUGACUAUCUUUGUCGUUUUGGUUGGUGUUCUUAUCUGCUUAUACAUACUUUCAAGAGAAGGACGUCUUCAUCAGACUGUGCUUGUGAAAGCUCUGAAUCUGCAUGCUCUCGAGCUCUCGACGACCCUCACGCCAUAUUCCAUCAUACCGACGUUGGUAGCAGUCGGACUCAAGCUUUGGUUCAAAGCUGCGGCAGAGACUUUUAAGAGACUACAGCCCUUCAUCUCUAUGGCCAAGUCGCCGUCUCCUGUAUCUAAAUCCGUCUCGGCGGAAUACACGAAUACGCCAAUAAUAUUUGUCACUGUCAAGGCCUUCAAACACUCGCAUUGGCUACUUGCGUUGAUAGGAGUGGGGGCAUUUGUGACAGAAGCCUUCACUGUAGGAAUGUCAGCCCUGUGGGAUCGUGAGCUACGAAAUGUACCUCACGCCUUCAAUGUAUCUCGUCAACUGGAAAUCCGAAGUACGCCGCAAGUCUUCACCUUUAUCCAGCGUGGCUCAAGUGCUGCUCAGAAAACAGUCCUGAGCUCGGUAUUUGACGCCUCUCUCCAGAACUGGCUCUAUGGUGCAACUAUUGAGCUAAAUCAACUUGCUUUGACCCCGCCUUGGAGUAAGGACACUUGGAGCUUUCCUCCUCUAGACUCUGACAUCAUUCGAGGAGCAACGUCACGAAUGAACAGCACUGCGCGUAACAUCACUCUGAAGACUUCAGCGCUACGUGGCCGUCUCGAGUGUGUGUCUGUAGAUGUUCCAACUGAGAUACCGAAGUGGCUUGGCGAAGUCAACCUGAAGAAUACAUCGAAAUCAAAUGGAGCGUCAAUCCCCAAAGGCUUCGAUCUUGGUUACUAUCUGAACGAUACUGCCAGUCAAGGGCCAGGACUCAGAGAUAUAGUGUGUUGUACAAAUAUCACGCAUGAGGAUGUGGGACAUUCCGUAGUUGGCUAUUGGUCAGAUCCUUUGAAUGGACAAAUCCCGACGACUCGGAUCAAGUGGAUAUUGGGUCAGCCGCUCGGAACACUACCCGUUGAACAACAUGGUGUGGACAGACUGAUCUGGUCGAAGCCACCACAGGUCACAGCCAUAGAUUGCAAGCCAGUCAUUGAGAUCGCCAACGCUUCGAUCAACAUUGACUACGAGACAGGUGUCGUGCAAGACUACGCCAUCCUGAGUCCACCACAGAACGCCACUAUGGCCUGGCUAGAUUACUACUCGUAUCAUGGCACAGACACCAGUUACCAAGCACAUUGGUCGACGAAUGUUACUCUGAGCUGGGGCUACAUGUUCUGGGAAUCUCUUUUGGGUGCUUCACAUUCUUCAGACCUGUUAAACGAGAUGUUGCUCUAUUCUGGCCCGGAAAACCUCUUCGAUGGCGUUUUCAAUCUUCGCGGCCCUGGUCUGAACACGGAUUUCAUGUCGUACUCCAUGUUAGCCUUGGCCAAUAAUAGCAAAGAGGCGCUUCUGGACCCCAAGACGCUAAUUGAGCUUGCCAACCAGACCUUUGGUAUGUUCUUCAAGCACUUCGCCUCGGAAGAAGUGAACAGCACCGCUGGAGGCAGGGUCUUUCAACCAAUUGGCGAGAAGCUGCCAUCAGAAAUUGGCCCAGUAACGGUUGGUGGUCAGAUCACCGCAGAUCAGGGGGCGACGGGGCUACAAGACGCCGCAACACCUCUCCCACGUGAGAUCGAAGCCGUUCUCCUGGUACCAGUAGAGCAGCUGAUCAUGUCGCCUAUUGCCUUCUAUCUUUCUACAUCUUUCUUGGUGUUUUUGAUCUUCACCACAAUCGUCAUGUACUCGGUCAAUCGUGCUCAGUAUAAGGCACUUCCUCGAGAUGUGGACACACUGGCUAGUAUGAUAGCAUUUGUCCACAGUAGCGACAAGCUACUUGCUUGGUCUGAAGACUCAGCACACUCAGGAGCAUGGUACAAGCUCUGGAGCAGGAAGAGUAAGAGCUCCGAAAGUCAAAGACUGAAAGCUCAAAUGGGUACAUUCAAGGACAGCGAAGGCAAAAAGAGGUGGGGCAUUGAGCUCGUUGGUGAUGUUGCUCCGGUGUCACUGCCAGAUGAUGCUAAUCACUCUGAUGUCGAGAUGCAGAGCUUGCGCUCAAGCCGAGGUGAAGACAACGACAAGAAUAAUUCGCAUGCGGUUCUGCUUGGCGAUUUUACCUGGGAGGAAGAUCGCCAAUCGAGGAACAAGAUGUGUGAGGACAACAUGUCGCAGUGAGGGAAAGAAGACUCAGUGCUUUGACAGGCAUCAAAGUCCCAAUCUAGACUUCCUAACAUAAAUACUCAAAGCUUCUUGAGCCCAACCUUUUCCACCGCCACCCCAGCUAACAAGUUGGAAACCUCAUAACACAAGAACAACUGCCACCAUGGAGCAUCGUUCGUGCGUGGUGCGAGAUGAUAUCUUCCGUGCCAGGUGUCAGGAAGUUUACGGAAGGCGGUGGCUGUUUGUCUCGUGGUGGAUCAGUAUCGUUUCCAAGGGACAAUGGAUGAAGGCGAACAUACAUGUCGUACCUUCUCCGUUGACUGAUAAUUCGAUCUUAGAGCUACCGCGUUCUCCC